AUGGCUAAGGAAAGAAUAAGAAGAGAUUUUGAGCAAAUAAAUAAAAUGAAGCAUUAGGGCACAGAUGAUUUUAUUGUAGAUAUAUAUGAAAUAGGAAACUAUUAAAUACAAAUAUGCAUAAAAGGCCCAGAUGAUUCACCCUAUAAAAAUUACUUAUUUUUCCUUAACUUUUAGUUUUCGAUUGAAUAUCCAUAAAUUCCUCCUUAAGUUACAUUCAUGAAUAAAAUUUUUCAUCCAAACAUAAAUGUUUUAGGUUAUAUUUAUUUAGGUAUCCUAAAGGAUGAUUGGACAAGUGAUUAUACAGUACACAAAAUUUUGACGAGCAUUAAAUAGCUAUUAAAAAAUCCGGAUGAGGAUAACUCAUUUUUUCCAGAUGCAACUUUACUUUAUAAAAAUAAUAAAAUUGAUUUCGAAAAAAAAGCAAAGGAAUGGGCCUAAAAAUAUGCUAUUUAUAAUUGA